UUUUCUCUGAACCUUGGCACAGGUAUGUUGGGAGGAGUGCAGUCUUAGGAGGGAGGAGGCAGGAGGAACUGGAGCCCGACAGUGAAGGCCACAGAACUGCAGUGGGAGGAGGCUGCACUCUGUUUCGCCAUGGCCUCCCUUGCUGCAGCAAAUGCAGAAUUUUGCUUCAAUCUCUUCAGAGAGAUGGAUAACAAUCACGGCAAUGGAAAUGUGUUCUUUUCCUCUUUGAGCCUCUUCACUGCCCUGGCCCUGGUCCGUUUGGGUGCCAGAGGUGACUGUGCAGCUCAGAUUGAUAAGAUGCUUUAUUUCAACACUGUCUCAAGACACAGAAACUCUUCAAAUAGUCAGCCAGGACUACAAUCUCAAUUGAAAAGGGCCCUUGCUAAUAUAAAUGCAUCUCACAAGGAUUAUGAACUCAGCAUUGUCAACGGUCUUUUUGCAGAAAAGGUGUUUGACAUUCAUAAGAAUUACAUCGAGUGUGCUGAAAAACUGUACAAUGCCAAAGUGGAACGAGUUGACUUUACAAAUGAUGUAGAGGAUACUAGAUAUAAAAUUAAUAAAUGGAUUGAAAAUGAGACACAUGGCAAAAUUAAGAAAGUGUUUUCUGAUGGUAGCAUAAGCUCAUCUGCUGUCAUGGUGCUGGUGAAUGCUGUAUACUUCAAAGGCAAGUGGAAGUCUGCCUUCACCAAGAGUGAGACAUUAAACUGCCGCUUCAGAUCUCCCAAGUGUUCUGGGAAAUCAGUGGCCAUGAUGCAUCAAGAACGGAGGUUCAAUUUGUCUGCCAUUCAGUACCCAGCCAUGCAAGUUCUUGAGCUCAGAUACCAUGGUGGCAUAAGCAUGUACAUUUUGCUGCCUGAGAUUGACCUGUCACAAGUUGAAAACAAACUGACCUUUCGGAAUCUAAUGGACUGGACCAGUCCAAGAAGAAUGAAAUCUCAGUAUGUUGAGGUGUUUCUUCCUCGGUUCAAGAUAGAGAAGAAUUAUGAAAUCAAAGAACACCUGCGAGCCCUGGGGCUGAGUGAUAUCUUUGAUGAAUCAAGAGCUGAUCUCUCUGGCAUCGCCUCGGGAGGUCGCCUCUACAUAUCGAAACUGAUGCACAAAUCAUUCAUAGAGGUUUCUGAGGAGGGAACCGAGGCAACAGCGGCCACAGGAAACAACAUUGUAGAAAAGCAACUUCCUGAAUCUACAGUGUUCAGAGCUGAUCACCCAUUCCUAUUUGUCAUCAGGAAAGAUGACAUCAUCUUGUUUAGUGGCAAAGUCUCUUGCCCUUGAAAAUCCUGUUAGUUUCUAUUUGUAGUCCCUGCCACAGCAAAGAAACAUCACAAGUGAAUAGAUUUAGUUGGAAGCAUGUGGUGUUGCUCUUGAGUUGAUUUUUUCCUGACAGUGGCCAGCAGAUGAUAUUGGGACUUGACUCCUCUUGGACACCUGGUUGAUUGUCUUGAUCCCUGCUCUUAGCCUCACCCAUUUCUGAUUUCAUUGUCUUUCUAUGCACACUCAUCUCUACUAUUCUCCCCCAUGGCCCACCUGGGAAUUAUAGAGAGGGUUCCAUUGGUAAUGAGAAUGUAGCAGCAGCCCUAGGAAUCUUCUUGGGUUUUUGCAGUUAUCACAGAUAUACAGUUUCAUUGUAAAGGAUCUGGGGAGUAAGAUCAUCUGUUUCCUGGAAAUAAGGAUGAAGGGUAAGUUUUCCUGGUUGGCCCAAGAAGACAUGAUAGUUUACUUUAAAACAUUUGAUGUUAAAUCAGUGUAUACUCUAGAUGUUAAAAAAUAUGGAGUUGGAAUUGGGAACCAAGCAAGAUAAUUUUAAGUUGACAUAUUUUGUGAUUUUUCUUGAAAAGAUUUAAUGUGUACAUAGUUUUUCAGACAUUAAAAACCUUUCAACUGUUGGAAGCUAUUAUUUACAAUA